GAAGACAAUGCGUGGUAAUCAAAGUUCAGAGGAAUUCAGUUUUAACCCUCCUCCGACUGGUUCUUCUGCCCUAUUCUGGGCACCAGACUCUGAACCAGGACUCCGAAUGGGGAUGUGGACCUCAUUUAGGGUUUGGCACUGCGAGAAUAUUCGACUGUGGUAUCUUCCCGAUGGUGGAUGUUGCAGUGAUUCCGAGGGGGAUCGCAACCGGCGAAAAGUAGAAGCAUAUUCUGCUAUAUUUCACGAAGUGCCUUGUUGAGAGAAUCUUGCUGUUACAAUGUGGGGCCUCCUUCCUGAGCGCUUCGAAUUGGGAGACUCCUGUGCUGGAGUUAGACGCUCUUAGUUGCAACAACAUUUUUGCAUCUGUAGGCAGGAGUAUGGUCUGCCAUUUGGUCAUCUAUUGCUAGUGCGUUUGUAUUUCUAUAGGAAAUUUCUGGUACGACAACGGACUUAGAAGGACCAGUUUGUGUCAGAGGAACCCAAACGAAUACCACUGAUCCAGUUGAGUGAAGCUUCAAUUUGAUGUUGGAGCGUUCACUUUUAGUGGGGGCUAGGAUACGAAAUUUGUGCCCAACAUGCGGAACAAGAUGACAAUUUGGGUAUAGUCUACUGCAGAGCAUUCUUUGCAUGUCCUGCGGAACACUGACGGAUUUCAACGUGGUUCAGAGGCUUAAUGAAGUAUAACCGACUGUCAAGUGCAUGCAGGCAAUUCAACAAAAAUGGCGCUGUCUCCAGAAGUUACUGAAACUGGAAGUGUAGAAUCCUCGAGCCCUUCAUCCAUCACUAUUGCAUCACGUGCUCACAAGGACUUUGAUCGUGUGAGUCACCCCAAAAAAUCACAAUAUGCUACAGAAUAUUUUCUACAUUCGCCCGUUGGCGAGAGAUUUUUCCAAGCUCCCAUUGACGUACCCAGAAAGACGCAUACAAAAUGGCAGACAUUAGCAUUUGCAUUCCGAACACUUGGCAUUGUUUAUGGGGAUCUGGGAACAUCGCCAUUGUAUGUUUAUCCUUCUAUCAUAUCUGCUGAAACGCCCAAUGAAGAUGACUAUCUGGGAAUUUUGAGUUGCAUUUUCUGGACCUUAACAUUGAUUGGUGUUAUUAAGUACACUUUGAUAGUUUUGUGGGCUGAUGACCAUGGAGAAGGAGGGACUUUUGCUAUGUACUCCUUAAUAUGCCAGCACACAGACGUUGGAGGGCAAACAAGAAAAAUCAGUAAGUUCUCUGCGAAUGCUGACAGCCAAUUGUCUCAUUUCCACAAUGGUUUGGAAGAUAAAGAACAUAGCAAAGUGAGAGAAUGGCUAGAGCGCAACAAGUGUGCACAAGAAGUGCUCUUGUUCGUUGUCAUGCUAGGGACAUGCAUGUUGAUUGGUGAUGGAAUACUCACUCCUGCCAUCUCGGUAUUAUCAGCUAUUGGAGGAAUUCGAGCUGAAGUGCCAAGCAUAUCUCAAAAUGUGGUAGUGUGGGUGUCGGCUGUCGUAUUGGUAGUGCUGUUCUGCUGUCAAAGUUAUGGAACCAACAAGGUUGCGUUCCUAUUUUCACCUAUUAUGGCGACAUGGUUAUUGACGACCCCUAUGGUGGGAAUGUACAACAUCAUAAUACAUUACCCAACUGUUUUCAAGGCAUUUUCCCCAGCCUUUAUCUAUAGAUUCUUUCAGAAAAACGGAAAGCAAGGUUGGCACAUGCUUGGAGGCAUCGUGCUUUGUAUUACAGGUUGUGAAGCCAUGUUUGCAGACUUGGGCCAUUUCAACAGGCUUUCCAUUCAAUUGGCUUUCUCCUUUUUAGUGUAUCCAUCCGUGCUCCUUACUUAUGCUGGGCAAACAGCAUAUCUCAUAAACCACCCCGAGAACUAUUUAGAGGGAUUCUUCAAAAUGGUACCGGAGCCUGUCUUCUGGCCCAUGUUCGUUGUAGCCACAUUGGCAGCAAUUGUAGCAAGCCAGGGGCUCAUUACAGCCACGUUCUCUGUUAUCAAGCAGUCUGUAGCUCUUGAUUAUUUCCCACCGGUGAAGAUUGUCCACACUUCGGAGUAUUCUGAAGGCCAAGUCUAUUCCCCUGAAGUCAACUAUGGGUUGAUGGUAUUAUGCCUUGCUGUGGUGUUUGGAUUCAGAAGUGCAACAACGAUCGGCAAUGCUUUCGGUGUUGCGGUGGUUUGUGUUAUGAUUAUCACAACAUGUUUAAUGGCCAUCGUCAUGCUCGUGAUUUGGAAUACCAACUGGCUCUUUGUUUCUGUUUUUUUUACCGUGUUCAUAUUUGUUGAAGGGUGUUACUUCUCUGUAGUAAUCACGAAAAUUCCUCAAGGUGGUUGGCUCCCCUUUAUUAUAUCCAUUCUGUUUACUUUAAUUAUGACGUCUUGGAAUUAUGGACGUCGAAAGAAGUUUGAGUAUGAAAUGAAAAACAAGCUCAGUAAGAAAACUUUGGGUGAGCUUUUAUCCAGAAUUGGAGACCAUCGUGUUCCUGGCGUCUGCUUCUUUUACACUGAUAUAUUUCAUGGCAUCCCUCCUAUCGUCAAACACUACGUGCAGAACGUUCGGACCCUGCAUCAGGUUAUAAUCUUCACAACAGUCCGGCAUAUUCCAAUCAAGACCGUGCUGGCCGCUGAGAGAUUUCUUGUUGGACGAAUUGGGUUCACAGGUGUUUAUCAUUGUGUUGCUCGCUAUGGUUACAUGGAUCUAUUAAGUUCUGAAACAACGUACUUCUUAGAUCAGGUGACGCAAUGCUUAACAAAGCAUAUUGGCUCUGCCUUAGAUUUCUCUGAUAACCCUGAUGAAGUCGGACAAGAAGAUGAAAGAGCUAGGGAAAUACAGAUGAUUGUAAAUGCAAAAGCAGCUGGAGCAGUCUAUGUACUUGGGCGGUCCGAGUUCAAGGUUGAUAACAACACAUCCUAUCUGGACAGAAUAGUUGCAGGGAUCUUUUACCCUUUUCUGAACAGCAUUUGCCGGUCCCCUGUAUCAUCCUUGCACAUACCGCCCGCGAACUUCCUUGAAUUAGGCAUGUACUACGACCUCCUAUGAUUUAUCCUCUCCAUUCAGCUCCCCUUCGCCAUCGAAAGGCGGCAGUAUGGGGUCACUCUUUGCCAUCGUUGCAGUAGGUAGUGCUGCAGCUUUGGCUCUAUAUAGUUCCUAUUCAUGGGGCCUCGGCACUACAUCACAAUCGAGGUCCUACUUCAAAAUCAUGUGACAAUGGCUCACGUAUUCUUCACGUUCCUAUCAUACAGCGGAUCGACAUAAAAAUGUUAAUUCUUGCAUUUCAUGCAAAUGUGUGAGGCCACCAAUUGUGAUUGAUGUUGAUGCAUAUCUUGAUUAGAUGUUAGAACUUACCUCUUCCCUUCAAAUUGAUCUGGAAUACCUAAGACCAAACAGUUUUCGAGGUCUUUCAAAUCUUCGAUCUGAAAGAUUUACGGUAUGCCAUGAAUUUUCAGAGGAUGUUGCUUUAUACUGACACAUGGCAAACACGUUAUGUUUAUUUCAAGUCCUGGCAGUCAAUUGUUCCUUAGUGGUGGUAGUUGAGUACCUAGUACUAAGCAGAAAAAUGGUCAAUAGAGACUUUGGCGGCUGCCCUCUGAGAGAGUAUAAAAGUAUAUAAUUAGACUCUUAUUUAUGAGAGAUUUAUGGUUUAUUAAACUUUUGUUCCAGAUACUCUGAGUUUAGCUUUAUACUAAGAAAUGAACUCAAAUACCCCAUAGUUUGGAUGGCACAUCCUUAAAUUUGAUUAAA